CAGUACGAGCUGUGCGCUGGCUCUUGCAGACAGCUGACACGCGAGAAGCAUUUAGCAGCACUGCAUGCAUGGCAACCCAGAGAAAUGCCGUUUUUUAACAUGCACCUGUGCAGCGCGCCGUGUUUCUCUGAGGCCAUUAACCCGCAGCCUGGUUGAAAUAGUGCUCUGAAUCGACAGCGAACUGGAAAUGUCACGGAGACUCAACUAACCGCUCUGCAGCUUCUUGACUUUUUAAACCUCCUUGAAUUCCUCGAAUCACAAAUCAUAGUUGAAUUCUCUUUUUAAUCGAAUGCGCCAAAUUGUUGUCACUCGCGCUGGCGAUAGUAAACAGUACUGAAAUAUUUACGGGGAGAAGGAAGGAGGCGUGACAGGAAACCUCCCCAAAUUAGGAGCUGCUUCCUGCUGUCUCUGGGUUCACCAUGCUGCGCUUGAUCCGCGUGCUGGAGCGUGUACGCGCGUGUAGCGAGGUUCCCGCGCGCAACCGACUCUGGACCAAAGUCACCGAGCUGUCAGUGAGACUCUCCAGCACCAAAGCUGCUCCGCGGCUCCGAAGAAUGGACUACCAGGAUGCGGUUUGCACCCUCAACACCCUCCAGACGAACGCCAGCGCGCUGGAGCAGGUGAAGAGAGAGAGAGGUCAUCCUCAGCUCCAGCUGCAGGCCAUGAGAGGCUUCCUCCAGCGGGCAGGACUUAAGGUAGAUGAACUUGAUCGUCUAAAUAUUAUUCAUGUAACUGGAACGAAAGGAAAGGGUUCAACAUGUGCCUUUACAGAACAGAUUUUGAGAAACUAUGGCUUCCGGACUGGAUUCUACAGUUCACCUCAUUUGGUGCAAGUGAGAGAGCGAAUCAGAAUCAACGGGCAGCCAAUAGGAAAAGAGCUUUUCACCAAAUACUUCUGGCAGGUGUAUUGUCGACUGGAGGAGACAAAGGAUGCACAUUGUGGCAGCAUGCCUGCUUAUUUCCGCUUUCUCACCAUCUUGGCCUUUCACAUCUUUCUACAGGAGAAGGUUGAUUUGGCUGUCUUUGAGGUUGGGAUCGGUGGAGCGUAUGACUGCACUAAUAUCAUCAGGCGUCCCUGGGUGUGUGGCGUCUCCUCUUUAGGCAUAGAUCACACCAGCAUACUGGGGGAUACCAUUGAGAAAAUUGCCUGGCAGAAAGGAGGGAUUUUUAAGCCAGGAGUUCCUGCAUUCACGGUCAAACAGCCUGAUGGGCCGAUGAAGGUGCUUCAAGAGAGAGCAGAAGAAAUCGGGUGUUCGUUAUCAGUGUGUCCUGAUCUGGAGGAGUAUCAGAGCGAGGCUUCGCUCCGGUUGGGUUUAGCCGGUCAUCAUCAGCGCAGUAAUGCUUCUCUGGCUCUACAGCUCUCUCACACCUGGCUGCAGAGACACUUCCUCACAGAUCCUGUGUCAUCAUCUGCAGUGGAGUUCAGCGGUGUGAGUCCAGCUCAAGCCUUCCAGCCCAGUCCUGCAAUGAUAAAAGGUCUUGCGGAGACUGAGUGGCCUGGGCGCAAUCAAACACUAAAACACGGUCCUGUGACGUAUUUCCUGGAUGGAGCUCAUACCACACGCAGCAUGCAGGCCUGUGUCCGCUGGUUCAGCGAGAUCGCACCACAACAUGAGAGAAAUGCAGGGGGUUCAGUGGUGAGGGUGCUCUUAUUCAACGCUACAGGAGAGAGAGACUGUGCUGCUAUGCUCAAACUGCUCGUACCCUGUCUUUUUGAUUUCGCCGUGUUCUGUCCGAACAUCACAGAAGCCAUAGCGACCUGUAAUGCAGACCAACAGAACUUUAAUGUUUCUGUGGAGAACAUGCUCACACGUUGCCUGGACAACCAGCAGAGCUGGCGCGUUCUGAAUGGCCAGGGGGAGAAACCAGAGGCGGAGCUUCUGAUCGGAGGCGGUUUGCCAUUGGUGGCAGAAAGACAGAGCCACACACUGGUGUUUCCCUGCAUCCUCAGCGCUCUGCAGUGGAUCAGUCAGGGAAGAGACUCGGUACUGUCAGACCCAAACAAAUGUGUGAUACCCGUUAAACCUAGCAUAAACGCCAAAGCCGCUGCACUACGAGAGGCUGUGAACAUACACGUCCUCAUCACAGGUAGUUUACACCUGGUGGGAGGGGCUUUAAAACACCUGGACCCUGCUUUAAACUCAUAACGUACAUAUGCAUGUGUCUGCAGUGCCAGACAUCAAGCCAAACACCCAGUGCCUGAACCCUCUGUCCCAGCACUCAGAGGAGUAGUUCACCCAAAAAAAGUUUAUUCACCCUCAGACCGUUUAAGAUUUAGAGGAAUUUGUUCAUUCAUCAGAACAGAUUUAAAGAAAUUCAUCACUUGCUCACCAAUGGAUCAUCUGCAGUGAAUGGGUGCCGUCAGAAUGAGUGUCCAAACAGCUGAUGAAAAACAUCACAACACAGUUAAGGUUUUUUGACUGAAAAAACUUUUGAAAAGCAGAAAGCAGUAUUAUGGACCCAUGUUUUAAAUGAAAUCAACGGUUUAAAGCAAAGAUGUCUUUAUUAUGGUGGAUUUGUUUCAUAUAAUCAUGCAUCUUUUUCUUCACAAGAUGUUAACUGAUGGACUGGAGUGGUGUGGAUUAUUGUGAUGUUUUUAUCAGCUGUUUGGACUCUCUUUCUGACGGCACCCAUUCACUGCAGAGGAUCCAUUGCUAAACAAGUGAUGUAAUGCUAAAUAGAUUCUCCAAAUCUGAUUAAUAAACAAACUCGGUUACAUUUGAGAUGGCCUGAGGGCGAGUACAUUGUCGGCUAGUUUUAAUUUUUGGGUGAAAUAUUCCUUCAACAGAUCACUGUUUUACUGUAAAAUUCACAGCAAAUCAUGGAUUAAAUCUUUUCUUCUUGAAUCCAUCCAUUUUUCCUCAUGAAGAGCAUUGGACCAGUUUAUGUAAAAAGCACAUAUAUCCAUAUCUACUUGAGCUGUUUAUGUUUACUUUAUUGGGAUACUUUAAUUUGAAGUACUUAAAGUGCAUUCAGUUCAUUUUCUGUCUAAUCUUUUUUUUAUUAUUUGACACUACAGUUUUGAUGUUUUAACCUGAUCUUUCCAUUCAUGAAAUAGAAAGUCAGGUUGCUUGUUCAUCAGUGUUA